AUGGCAGAGCAUCAAAGAAUCCAUCCAGUUCAGGACCCCGAGGCGGCAACGCCGCAGACCCCCACUGCUCCGCUGGUGCCCCGAGGUUCUUCCCGAUCAGAUAAAGGCAAUCCCAUUCCCACGGAACAAUAUCCACCAUUCCACAGGACUAUCCCGUAUGCACCAUCAAAACCACCACCAAGGAGAAGUUGCUGUAGAAAGUGCUUGUGCUGGACCAUAUCCCUUCUCCUACUACAAAUACUAAUCCUUGGCAUUUUGGCUGCAAUCAUAUACUUCGUAUUCCAACCAAAAAUACCAAAAUACUCAGUUGAUGCCAUGAGAAUAACUCAAUUCGAUUUCGGCAAUGAUAACAGCCUUUCUGCGGCGUUCAACGUCAAUAUCACUGCAAGAAAUCCUAACAAAAAGAUAGGUAUAUACUAUGAAGGUGGGAGCCAUCUCAGUACACGGAAUGCAAACGGAUUACUUGAGUCGUUGCAGGAGCAACAGCAGACGGGAAAUAUUCCUUUGAGGCUUCGAGCCAAGGUUCCGGUGAGGCUGAAGCUUGGAAAACUGAAACUGAUGAAAUGGAAGUUCUUGGUGAGAUGCAGGCUGGUGGUAGACACUUUAUCUGCAGAUAAUGCAAUUAGAAUCAGAGAGAGUAACUGCAAAUUCAGAUUCAGGCUUUAA